UGCUAACCUUGCACAUUUACCUUCAGAAAUACUUCAAAAGUCAGAGGGAGAAGGAAGCCGCGGCUGACUCUUCCAUCUGUGUCCUAACAGUACACUGAGAUGGAAUUCCUUCUAGUAAUUUUCCUUGCUGUUCUGACCGUCACUGUGGCAAUGUCAUUCUACUAUGAACACCCCAAGGCAGAAAUUCCUCAUGGAGUUAGUCAGCGCCAAAAGCUUUAUGUUUUGCAUUACGUCCUGAACUUUGUGCUUGGUCUGGCAAAAUUUUUGGAAAAAGUAGGUAUUACCUCAGAGGUCUCCAUCAUAAGGACUGCAAUGGAUGGAAUACCACCAUUAAAAGAUGACAACCUUUUUAUCAAGGACUUAAGUUUUGAAAAGGUUAAAGUAAGAAUUUACCAGCCCAAAAUAUCAACCACUGGUCAGAGAAGAGGAAUUCUGUAUUUUCAUGGAGGAGCUGGACAGUUUGGAAGCAUUCGGGCCUAUGAAAGAAUAUGCCGCUUUUUCGCUAGAACUAGCAAUUCCGUGGUUGUGUCGGUGGGGUAUCGCUUAGCUCCUGAGCAUCCGUACCCAACCCAGUUUGAGGAUUGUCUGGUGGCCACCAUACACUUUAUGAGGACAGCACAAGAUUACGGCGUAGACCCUUCUCGCAUCACUGUCUGUGGAGACAGCAGUGGAGGCACACUCGCUGCUGCUGUUGCCCAAGCACUGGUGAACAGAACAGAUCUCCCAAAGCUGAGAGCACAAAUCCUAAUAUAUCCUUUUCUCCAGGCUGUGGACUUCAAUUUGCCUUCUUAUCAGCAGAAUAAGGGAGUCCCUCUUUUAUUAAAGGAACGAACCAUUGCUUUUGGUUUGAAGUAUCUUAAUAAAGACUUAUCAGCCAUAGAAGCAAUAUCUAAAGGCUGCCACAUUCCAGAAUAUUUGCAACUCAAGUAUCAGAAAUGGGUGAGUGCUGACUACAUCCCUCAUGAGUUUAAAAGAAGGGGCUACAACCCAAGUACAACACAUCCACUCUCAGAAGAACUCCCUACACUGAUGAAGGCCGCCUUUGAUCCUGUUUUUUCCCCACUGCUGGCUGAAGACAAUGUUAUUGCUCGGCUUCCUGAGACUUUCAUUUUGACUUGUGAAUUCGAUGUGCUUAGAGAUGACGGACUGCUAUAUAAGAAACGAUUAAAGGAUCAUGGUAUAAAAGUGACCUGGUGCCAUUUGCAAGAGGGAUUCCAUGGAAUAAUACUCUUAACUUUUUGGGGUGGGUUGAUAACAUUUCCAUCUGGAAAUCAAGGCCUGGAAAAGAUAGUAAAUUUUUUAAGACUGAUGUAAAGUUCCAUUUCUUGCUUUCCUUUCCUGAUUCCCAUUUCUCAGAAUUUUUUAAAAAAACACCUUCAAUUUUCUUUUUGUUAAAUAAUUCUAAAUUUCAGCAUUGCAUCUGUCAACUUUUUACCUAAUAAACUGAU